AUGAACAACAACUGUCCUAUUAAAACUGACAAAGAGAUGAAGAAAGAGGAGCGAGGAGCCUAUGACUAUCUUUUUGAUGAGAAAACAAGCAUGUUUGCUGUAACAUGGAAGGAUAAUAAUAUAGUGAAAGUACAAUCUAACCAUGAGGCUCUAGAACCUAAACAAAGUGUAAACCGGUGGUCUAAAGUUGCAAAGGAGAAGAUAAAGGUUCAUCAGCCCUUUUGUAUUGCAAGCUACAACAAGUGGAUGGGAGGGGUCGACCGUAUGGACUGGUCCAUCAACAAAUAUAGGAUAAAGAUUAGAGGGAAGAAAUGGUAUUUUCAAAUUUUCACAAAUAUGAUUGACAUGACUCUUGUCAACGCUCAUAUUUUGUACACAAUAGCAGGUAACAAGAUCCCCCUGCUGGACUUCAGAAGGAGCAUUGCAAGAAGUUACUUAUCACUGACGUCUCUCUCCGACCCAAAGAAAGCAGGAAGGCCUGCCCUGACUAAAUUGACCUCAAAGCGAGUUCUAGAAACUGUUCGUUUUGACCCAGUCGGACACUUUAUAGAACGAACAGCGGUGGAAAGCAGAGGAAAUGUGCUAUUUGUAAAUCCAAUGCCCGAAAACAGUGCUCAAAAUGCAAUGUUGGAAUACACGUUGAGUGCUUUUUGA